AUGCGUUCCCGAAACGCUACUCCACCUUGUUUCGUGCAGAAACUGUUUCGGUUUUCGCGUAAGUGCACUUCUUUUCAGCAAUGCGCUAGUGUUCAAAUUGUGAAACGGGAGGCGCCUGGUUCAAGAGUGGUGGUGGCGCUUGCGUUCAACUACCACAACUGCCAAGCUGCACCACACGUUGGUAGCGAAUUCCGGCAGGGCGAGGUUGCUCAAAGGAUCGUUAAGUACAGGACUUCAGACGGUGGGGAACGGGCGGUCUCUGUUAGAAUAUUUGGGAAAGCGAAAGAGAAUAAACAACAACACGUGGAGCCGCCGUCGCAGCAACCACUGCAAAAGCUGCCCACGCAGCAGCAGGAACAGAAACCUGAGGCCACCGCCAGUGACUUUACAGCUCAGAACCGACGUCUCAGCAGCUCUUUCGUUACCAAGGCUGUCAAACUCGUAGGUCCCGCAGUGGUUCGAAUAGAUACGGAACGGGUCGUGCAGCUACCUGCAGAUCCAGUGCUGGAAGAUCCGCUUUUCCGAUACUUCUUUGGCGAUGAGUUUCAGCGACAGUUGCCGAAGGAGCGCACGGAGCGAGGCCAGGGGUCUGGGUUCUUCAUUUCCUCCGAUGGUCUGCUUCUAACGAAUGCCCAUGUUGUUGCAAAAGCAUCGAAGGUAACCGUCACCUUAAUCGACGGGCGCUCGUAUCCAGGAAAAGUCGUGGGCACCGAUGAUCUACUCGACUUGGCUGUCAUCCGGAUCGAUACACAUUCGGAGAAGGUCCCAACUGCUCCCUUGGGCUCAUCCGGAGAGCUCCAGGUGGGAGACUGGGUCAUUGCACUGGGCAAUCCAGUCGGUCUUGACAAUACAGUCACGUUGGGCAUCGUGAGUAGCCUUAAUAGGUCGAGCGCGGAAGUUGGCAUUCCGGAUAAGAAAAUCAACUUUAUUCAGACUGACGCUGCAAUAAACCCUGGUAACAGUGGUGGUCCGCUCGUCAAUGAAUUCGGUGAAGUCGUCGGGAUCAGCACAGCGAUUAGGCCAAACGCGGAGGGCAUCGGUUUCGCGAUACCAAUUGACACAGCGAAAGCUGUCCUCGACAUGCUCGCGAAGGGCGAAAAAGUUCAACACCCAUUCAUUGGGAUUCAGAUGGUAACGCUCACGCCGGAACUUGCCAAACAGAACAACCAAGACCCUAAUGCGCUCGCUCUUAUUCCGGAGGUUUCGGGUGUACUUGUCCUGAAAGUCUUGCCCAAAACCCCCGCUGCAGAAUCGGGACUUCGCCGAUUCGAUGUCAUUCUCGCGGUGAACGGCAAUGCGAUAUCAAAUGCGAGAGAUAUUCAAAAAAUCGUCGACAGCUCGAGGGUCGGUCAGGAGUUGAAAAUACGGGUCCUUCGCGGCGUCGAUGGAAAGACGAUCGAUAUCAGUAUCCGGACGGCAGACAUGACGCAGUUUAGGUUAGAAGAAGAGAAGAAACUGUCACCGGAGGAGGGGCAGGAGGCACCUCCCGGCAUAGUGCCCAUGCCCCGCCAUCGAAGAUUCUCAAUUCCCUAA